AUGAGCACCACACCGAGCAAAUACGCUCGUUCUCGUUCGCGCGACUCCAUUGAAGACGAUGAGGAUGACCAUAUACUGGAUGAGAUGCUGAUAGAGCUUGGAAUACCUGCUAACAAGAAAAUGACGAAAGACGUUUCUGUCGAAGUGAUUGAACUCAUUACACCACCACGGAAUUCUCCUCCAGCUAAAAAACGGAAACAGAGUGAUGGUCUUUCUUAUGUAGACUUGACGACAUCGCCAUUAUCACCAUGUCCCUCUUCAAUCGAUGGCAAUAUUCCUACUAUAUUACACACAGCAGAAGAAGAAGAAGCUACAGUAGACGAAGAGCAACAACAGGAUGAGAUUUCAUUCUCGUAUUCGCCGUCAGAGUGUCCACCGUCUUUUGUGUAUUCACCUGAGAAUUCUUCCUCUUCCUCUUCAUUGGAAGUUUUGUCACCACAUUCAUCGUUCAACUGCCCGGCGACAACUGAAGAUUUUGAUGAUAGGGCUAGAAUAUUAAAGAAAAGAUCCUUGCCUCGUCGGUCAAGAGCAGUACGUGGUAAAAGUGGAGGCAGCACUGCUGCUGUGGUUGCGGUGGUGCAGAUGGAGAAAUCGCUGGAUACGUCAGUAGCAGGAGAGAGUAUUCGAGAUGCGUUGAAGAAUCAUGUGUAUAAGGGCAAACCUGUGCCGUAUACAGUGGCGACAGCGCUAGAUUGCAUCGUGCCAGGGGUUAUUCGAUGGGAACGACGAGGGAGUGGUACUUCAUCUUAUUCAUGUGCAAUAUACUAUGAGGCGGGUGAAUGUCUGAAGUUGCUUCAAAAGCAAAGCUACAUGGAAUUGGUUCAUGCCGUGCAGUAUCUUCAAACUCUGGUACCAAAGACGCAAGGUCAUCAAACAGAAGUAAAAGAAGAGUCUAGCAAGUUUUUUAUCAUUGUUGAAGGCAUGGACCGUGCCCUGAUUGAACUGAAAAGACAGCAAAAGCAAAAAAAAAGGAUCUGCUUCGGAGCACAUACAAAGUUUACAUCUGAUCUUAACGCCACGGCAGACUAUAUUGCACUGCUCACUCGUGAGUUGGUUGUUGCAUCAUCGCGUGUGUCUGCUCUUGAGGAAUUCCUGGAGGCCGUACCUCGUCACAACUCGUUUCGAGUGACCCACACAGGCUCGAUUGAGAGUUCGUGUGCGAAUACUUGGCUGCGGAUGCUCCAAGUCAUCCCGGGCGUGAGUGAGGAUAAAGCGCAAUGCCUAUUAGAUCAUUUCCCCACAUUUGACAGCCUCAUGCAAGCGUAUCGCGACCCAAACUUAUCGCGUGCACAGAAACAGGAUCUUGUCGCUGACAAAUUGAAUGAUGUUCGAAUUCAGCGAGCUCUAUCGAAGCGCAUUUACACAGUCUUCUGCGAGGAGAACCCCGAUGCUUUGAUUUAA